GAACUGUCACUAAAAAAAAGUUUUGUUUACCAGUUCUGAGUGUGGAAUUUUUGGUGCGUGAAAAAGGAGGAAAAACUCGCUGUUUCCCGGUUGAAGCUUCGAUUCUGCAAGAAUGGAUUUCCAGAACCGAGCCGGCGGCAAGACCGGCGGUGGUGGCGUCGCGUCGUGGUCGGAGAGCAACCGGGAUCGGCGGGAGCGGUUACGCCAGCUGGCCCUCGAGACGAUCGAUCUGAACAAGGAUCCGUACUUUAUGAAGAACCAUCUUGGGUCGUACGAAUGUAAGCUCUGUCUGACGCUGCACAACAACGAGGGUAGCUAUCUUUCGCACACCCAGGGCAAAAAACAUCAGGCAAAUCUGGCCCGGCGUGCCGCCAAGGAGGCGAAGGAAGCACCGUGGGUCAUCCAGCCGGAAAAGCCACGCAUAGAGCCGAAAAAGUUCGUCAAAAUCGGUCGCCCCGGCUACCGGGUGACGAAGCAGCGCGAUCCGGACAACGGCCAGCAGUCGUUGCUGUUCCAGAUCGACUACCCGGAAAUCACCGAUGGUAUUGUGCCGCGGCAUCGCUUUAUGUCCGCAUACGAGCAAAAGAUCGAACCGCCGGAUCGCAAAUGGCAGUAUCUGCUGUUCGCCGCGGAACCGUACGAGACGAUCGCGUUUAAGGUGCCGUCCCGGGAGGUGGAGAAGACGGAGGGCAAGUUCUGGACGCACUGGAACAAAAACACAAAGCAAUUCUUCUUGCAGUUCUCAUUCAAGCUGGAACCGAAAAUCAUUCCCCCACCGCCACCGAACAUGCACCGCAUGCCGCACCCGGGACGACCGAUGUUCAAUCCGCUUCCACCGCCACCGAUGGGUGUUGUCCCGGCACCGCCUCACAUGUAAGGAGGAGGGGAGAAGUUCAAUGCGUUCAAAUAAAUUUUACUGUGUGGGAAUUACCACAAGAUC